AUGGGAAUCUGUUCAGCUAAACAUUAACAUAACCUAAAAAUCACAGAACAGAAUGAACAACAAGCUAAAUAAUCCCCUCCAAAUGAAUAGUCACUGGAUAUUCAAAGACUAGUUAAAUCUGAAAAAACCAUUAAAUGCAUCAAACCAACGGCCUCCUCUCCAAAGUAAAUAUUGUCUAAGUUUGCUGCUACACCCUCUACUCGUCAACCCAAGCGUAUGUUUUGGGCUGAUUAGAUCGUUGAAAAUUCAGGUUUGGGUGGAACUCUCAAAACUUGGGUAUCAAUAAAACAUACCCAAUUUUCGAAACACUACACGAUGCUAAACAAAGAUCAAUUUCACUAUAGAUUAAAAUAGAAUGACCAAAUUGUCGUCGUCUAACAUAAUCUCAGUGGGAGAAUAAUGGUGGCUGAAAUGAUUAGAAAAACAGAACAAGGAGAUUAACUCAUGGAAUCCAUAAUCUAAACCUAACUAAACCAUCCUAAUUUAAUAAGAAUUUUCGAAAUAUUUUAGGAUAGUAAUAAUUAUCAAAUAAUACAUGAUUUCUGCAACGGGGCGAUAUUAUCCUAAAACCUGCAUAAUUCAGUCUACACUCAAUAAUAAGCAGCCCUGAUUUUGAAAUAAAUCAUAGAAGUCGUCAAACACCUCCACCAAAAAGAAGUAAAUCACGGUGCAUUAACAUUGGCUUCCUUCCAAAGGUGCAAUUAAUCAAAUUCGAACUACAUUAAAUUAGUCGAUUUUAAACCUAUUUACUUAAAAUCCUAUAUUUCAGAAAAACAAAUCUUUUAAUACAUGGCACCUGAAGCUAUAAAAUUUCCUGACCUUUUCACUCGAGAAAGAGAUGUUUGGAGUAUCGGAGUUAUUCUCUUCUAAAUGUUGUCUGGCCAAUUCCCAUUCUAAGGUAACAACAAAGAAGAGGUAUUUGAGGAGAUACGAAAAUAUUCACUACAAGAGAAUUUAGAAACCAAAUGUUUACCAGCUGAAUCGGUGAAUUUUAUUAAAGGAUUCCUCUAAAUUAAUCCUUCAAAAAGAAUUAAAUUAACUGAAGCAUUAAAUGAUCAUUGGCUAAAACACUUUAUAGAGAAUCAGCAUGAAGAAUAGAAAUAAAUAGUCUAACAAUUAGAAAACAAUCAUCCUUUGAAUUUUCUAUAGUGCUGUUUCUUGCAGUUUAUGAUUUCAACCUUUUCAGCUGAUUAGGAGCAAUUCUUUUAUCAACUUUUUGGAUAAUUUGAUGUGAAUCAUGAUGGCAAAAUCAGCAAAUAAGAUCUCACCACUGCGUAUAUCAAGCAUUUCAGUAGUCCUCAAGAGGUUAAGGAACAUGUGGAUAAAGUCUUCAAGUGGAUUGAUAUUAAUAAAAACGGGGAAAUCGACUUUUAAGAAUUUUUGAUUGGAGUAAUAAAUAAAGAGACAUUAAUCACGGAAGACAAUUUAAAAGAAGCUUUCAAACUACUUUCAGAUGUAGAAGGAUUCAUUUCGUUAUCCAAAAUGUGCUCUUUGUAUCAUAAUAAAAAACAAUAGUUGAAAUAAUAAUUUUCUGCCUAUGAAAAUAAUUAAAUAAAUUUCAAGCAGUUUCAACAAUUGAUGUUUGAUGCGCUCUGA